AUGGGGAAGAAGCGAAAGCACAGCGAAACGGAAGCUCCGGCGCCGGAGAAGAAGAACGAUGCCGCUCCGGAGAGACCCAAAAGAACGCUGUUGGGUUGGAAAGAUCAGGAUGCAGUCUCCGAGAAAUCUGACCCUUCCUCUUCGUCUGUAUUCAGGAACAAAGAGAAGGUUCUCGUCACUUGUUCCAGGCGGAUCAAUUUCAGGUACCGGCAUCUGAUGCUGAACAUGGUCUCUCUGUUGCCUCACUGUAAGAAGGAUAGUAAGGUGGAGGCUAAGAGCAGCAAAGGUGCGACUUUGAAUGAGCUUGUCGAGCUCAAGGGUUGUUCUUCCUGUUUGUUUUUCGAGUGUAGGAAGCACCAAGACCUAUACUUGUGGAUGGUGAAGUCUCCAGAAGGACCGUCUGUGAAGUUCUUGGUUAAUGCAGUGCACACAAUGGAGGAGCUUAAACUCACCGGAAAUCAUCUAAAAGGGUCGCGCCCUCUCUUGACAUUCUCGUCCAAUUUCGAGAAAGACGUGCACUGGAAGCUUUUGAAGGAGAUGCUUAUCCAGAUUUUUGGAACUCCAAAGGAACAGAGAAAAUCCAAACCUUACCAUGACCAUGUGUUUGUUUUCUCCAUUGUUGAUGACCAUAUAUGGUUCCGCAAUUACCAGAUAUCGGUUCCUCAUAACGAAUCAGACAAGAUUGCACGAGGCGGACUGGAUAAGAUGACCCUUGUUGAGGUCGGUCCAAGGUUUUGUCUAAAUCCAAUUAAGAUCUUCGGCGGCAGCUUUGGAGGUCCAACGCUCUACGAGAACCCAUUUUAUGUCUCACCAAACCAGAUCCGAGCAAUGGAGAAGAGAAACAAAGCAGGGAAGUUUGCUAAGAAAGUAAAGGCCAAGACGAGGAGGAAGAUGCAUGAGCUAUCAAACCCAUUGGAGCCUGAUGAGUUUGCAGACAUGUGGAAGGAUUGAAUGAUCCACAUUUUUGUCUUCUGUUCUUUAACUAUAAUCUUUCUUCCCAGCUUCAAAAACACUUGUUAUCAAUCAUUUGCAUUCUUACAAAUUACAGGAUUGCCCAACAGAGUUCAUGUAUUCUCUUGUAUUUCAGGGAAAAAAAGAGAUUUUUUUUAUU